ACCUCGCAGUUUAUCGCGUUGUUUUGACACAGCUGAUCGUUCGCCUGCCUAUUAGACAAAAUAAAGCAGGCCAGGCUUGCGGGACACACAGUUACUCCCUCAGGGAGUAGGUGAGCUGUCGGGCUACAAGCAGGAAGCGACUGCCGGGACGGGAAUCGAGGACCUUCUCAUCUCACUUCCCGUCAUGAAACUCUGCACUGUCGCGGCUAGCUAACGUUAGCAUCGUCCCGACUGAUAGGGAGCGAUGGCCAAAGAAAUCCCCGAGGCGGUUAGCUUAAAUUUCAAUGUUGUUGUUUAUUAAAAGCCACCCUCGGCCACCAUGUCCUGCUCCGGGAACCUGGUCUGGGAUGUAAAUAAACGCCUCAUCGGAUACAGCGAGCCAAACAACAUUCGGACAAAUUAUUUAGGUAGGAGAGAGUUCGUUCAGAGACUGAAACUAGAGGCAACGCUGAACAUACACGAUGGCUGUGUCAACACGAUAUCAUGGAACGAUACGGGCGAAUACAUCUUGUCAGGUUCAGAUGACACCUUCCUGGCCAUUACCAACCCGUACAACAAAAAGGUCAAAAAGUCCAUCCGCUCUGGCCACCGGGCCAAUAUCUUCAGUGCAAAGUUCAUGCCUCACACCAACGACCAGGAGAUCAUCUCCUGCUCCGGGGAUGGAAUCCUCUACUAUACCCACACAGAAAAGAGUGCCGAGUUCAACAGACAGUGUCAGUUUACCUGCCAUUAUGGCACCGCCUAUGAGAUUAUGACAGUACCAAACGACCCUUACACCUUCCUGUCCUGUGGAGAGGAUGGCACUGUGCGAUGGUUCGACCUCCGCAUGAAAACCAGCUGCACGAAAGAGGACUGCAAAGACGACAUCCUGAUCAAUUGCCGCAGAGCGGCAACGUCCAUCUCAAUCUCGCCGCUGAUGCCCUACUACUUGGCGGUGGGCUGCUCGGACAGCUCUGUGCGCAUCUACGACAGACGGCUGCUCGGCACCAGGGCCACAGGCAACUACAUGGGCCGGGGGACGACGGGCAUGUGCGUGAGGUUCGUUCCCGCUCAUCUGUCCAAUAAGUCGUGUCGCGUGACGUCGCUGUGCUACAGCGAGGAUGGCCAGGAGGUGCUGGUCAGCUAUUCAUCCGACUACAUCUACCUGUUUGACCCCAAAGACGACCAAGCGCGAGAGCUGAAGGGCCCCUCAGAGGAGAGGAGGGAGGAGCUUAGGCAGCCGCCGGUGAAGCGCCUCCGUCUGCGAGGUGACUGGUCAGACACCGGACCCCGAGCUCGUCCCGAGAGCGAGAGGGAGCGAGAUGGGGAGCAGAGCCCCAACGUGUCCCUUAUGCAGAGGAUGUCGGAUAUGUUGUCACGCUGGUUCGAAGAAGCCAGUGAGGCUCAGAGCAGUCGAGGAACUCGCCCUCAGUCGCGAUCCCGAGCAAUGGCUGUUCCCGCUGCCACUGAAAGGGUUGCCAACCGGGGGACCAGCGCCCCCGAGAGGCCAGCGGGAGCCGACUCUUCGGACGUACAAAGCAGUCCUCCUGCAGUGGCGCCCUCGCCUGUGUCCUCUUCCUCGUCUGCGUCGUCGCCAGCCGCUACCGUCCCUUCUGCCUCUUCCAGCGCAUCCUCAGUUGAGAGGUCAGCACCUUCAUCCUCCGAGUCACGGAGACAGACCCCGACUGUAGGGACCACGGCAACGACCAUGUCGGAAACGGCACCCUCCGAGUAUGGCCCUCAUCGGCUGCCCAUAAGUUUAGUGUGUAGGCGUUUGCAGAGGUUACUUCGCCUGGCCGACCCCCCAGGGCAGGGGCGGCGAGCGACCCCUUCUUCUGCCUCCUCCUCCUCUUCCUCUACACUCCCUGAAAGACUGGACGCCACUGCUGCUCCUGAGAUGCAGCCCCAUACAGAUUCCCCUUCAUCGGUGGUAAACAAGCAGCUGGGAUCCAUGACUCUGGAUGAGCAGCAAGGUGGCGUAUCUGUUUCACAGCCGGACGACCCUCCUCUGCCAGCCAUCUGCAGCUCUCCCUCCACCUCCAGCACCAGCCGAUCCGGCGCGGCGGAACCGGUGCUCAGUCUGCACUACAGCUCAGAAGGAACCACCGCCAGUACCAUCAAGCUGGACUUCACUGAUGAGUGGAGCAGCAGCGCAUCCAGUUCUCAGGGCAGGGGCGGUCCCAAAGCAUCUGACACAGGGCAGAGCCGACAGAGUGUGUCCACAGAGAACCCUGCGCUGGAACCUGCAAUUGACUCUUCAGGGCAUCAGAGUGGGACCUCAGGGAACAUGGAUCCCCCGAGCGACCCCUCCUGCUCCGGUGCUCGCCACAGGCCGGCCGCCGGUGAGCCAACGGAAGGCUCGUCUGAAGAGAGGAGUCCUGCUGAUCCGCCGGCGGAAACUUCGGGGGACUGCCGGAGACAAGAGCCCCCGGGGGAGGAUGGGCCGGAUGUGGUUUCGGUGGUGGAUGAGAACCGGAGCCAGCCCGCAAGGAGGAACCAGGACUCUGACGACAGCGAUGACGACCCCAUCCUGAUCCCGUCAGCCAGGUUUCGAGGACAGGGCCAAAGACUAAAUUCCAGAGGAUCUGCUGUAGGAGAUAGAAUGAUCAGACGUUCGGCGGCGGCUCGCAUCCAGGAGCUGUUUCGCAGGAGGAAGGAGAGAAGAGAGAUGGAGGAGAGCGAGACGCAGAACAUCAGGAGGCCCUCGGUCAAAAUGGUGUACAAGGGCCACCGCAACUCUCGCACCAUGAUAAAGGAGUCCUGCUUCUGGGGCAACAAGUUCGUGAUGAGCGGCUCCGACUGCGGCCACAUCUUCAUCUGGGACCGGCACACCGCCGAGCACCUCAUGCUGUUGGAGGCAGACAACCACGUGGUCAACUGUCUACAGCCGCACCCCUACGACCCCAUUUUGGCUUCGUCCGGAAUAGACUACAACAUCAAGAUCUGGUCCCCGCUGGAGCAGUCGCCAUCUUUCAACAGGGUUCUUGCUGAUGAGGUGAUAACAAGGAAUGAGCUGAUGCUGGAGGAGACGAGGAACACAAUCACAGUGCCUGCUUCCUUCAUGCUGCGAAUGCUGGCGUCCCUCAAUCACAUCCGAUCAGAUCGUCUCGAAGGCGAACGCUCCGAAGGUUCAGGCCAAGAAAACGAGGACGAGCCGUAGGCGGGUGACUUUUUUUUUUUUUUUUGCUGGAGAGCACUUCUUUGUACAAGUGUAGAAUACUACCUUUUGAAGCCCCACUUCCCACCACUUUUUUUUUAAAGAGACUUUGUUACCAAUGUUUAUGUAAAAGGGCGAACUACGUGUGCUUGAAUGCAAAGGUGUCCUUAUACAUCAUCUGUGAGAGGUGGGUGGUGUGUGAGAUUAAGUGCAAUAUUCUUAUGUCAGAAGAGAGCAUAAUUGGUUUUCAGUGUUAACUUGGACUUGGAGCGAUGUAAACGAGGGGUACUUGCUUUGGCUUUUGUUGGAGAGACGAGGACAAAAAAUUUUAUGGCUUAUGUCGAUAAAAUCUUUUACAAAUUUGGAGAAAAAAAAAUAAAGCUACAAGACAUCUGAAAGAUGCCCGUGUGAAAAACG